UCAGGAUACUCCACAGAAUAACUAACUGUAGACUGCAUGUGUCCGUCUGCGAAGUGCGCAUGCGCUCGGAGUGAAGAGGAAGUAAGCAUCAUGUCGAUAGAAGACCCAUUUUUCGUUGUGAAGGGGGAGGUGGAGAAGGCCCUCUCUCGUGCUCGGGGCCUGUUUGACAGAUGGGAGGAACUGUUGCAAGAUGGGACACAGGUAAGCCGUGAUGAGCUGGACUGGAGUGCCAAUGAACUGAGGAACUGUCUGAGGGCCAUAGAUUGGGACCUGGAGGACCUCAGCGAAACCAUCAGUAUUGUGGAGUCGAACCCCGGGAAGUUCCGACUGGGCGACAUUGAGCUUCAGGAGAGGAGAGACUUUGUGGAGCGAACCAGGAAAUCUGUCCAGGACAUGAAGGACCAGUUGUCCAGCCCUUCUGCCGUGGCUCAGGCAGAGAAGAAGAACAGAGAGGCUCUGCUGACCUCAUCAGGCCAGGACAGAGACAGGUCAACGGGACUGGAGGCUCAUCUGGUGUCUGCUAACUCCAGAUACAUCCAGGAGCAGCAGGAACAACAACAGCUGAUCAUGGAGGAGCAGGAUGAGCAGCUGGAGUUGGUGUCGGGCAGCAUCAGAGUCCUUAAAGACAUGUCGGGACGCAUCGGAGACGAGCUCGAUGAGCAGGCUGUUAUGUUGGGGGAUUUUGGAGACGAGAUGGACCAGACGUCGUCUCGUAUGGACUCGGUCCUCAAGAAGCUGGAGAAGGUGUCUCACAUGACCAGCAGUCGGAGGCAGUGGUGUGCUAUUGGCGUGCUGGUCACCAUUAUGAUCGUGGUCCUCAUCCUCUUCUUCGCUCUCUGAUGCCGGUGACCUCCGACCUUUCGACUACUUGCACCGACUCCCGCUUGACAGGACGAACAGAUGGAUGGACGGACAGAAACAGGAAAAAAGACAUGUCCCCCCUCCCCCCCAUUCCUUUGCGCCCACUUAGGAGAAACUGGUGACCUGCAGAGAGAAGUUAGGAAACAAAUCCUCCCUCUCUCUACUUUUAAUGAUUCUACUGAGAGAAAAAAAACUUCAGCGGAGGAGCUUAACACAGCAGAAACCCCAAUGAUUUGUUUAUUUCACAUUGGUGCAUUUCGGUUAUUGUUUGAAAUAUGGUUACUCAACUGGGGGGUGUCGGGAUAAGAGGCCGCUGCUGUCAGGUUAAAAACACAAACCUGCAUAUUUAUUACCAAGUACAUCAUGGUUUGACAUGUACACCCAACAGCUGUCCAGUGGCAGUAACAUCUGUUAGGUUGAUUUAUGAGUGAACAGCACUUAGAAAAAUGGAAGCAACAGCACUUGAACAAUUCAGUUGUAGUUCCUUUUCUUCAAAACUACAAUACGUCUUGUUUUCAUCAUCAUUCAUAACUUUUGAACGAUGCUGAACUGAGAUGAACCAAAAACGAGACUUAUUUGGUAAGUAAGUAGUUCUAAAAA